AGUGUAGUGAAGUUUUUCGUCUCCCCGUCGAAAAGUGCCAGCCAAAGUGAAGUAAAAGCGAGGAAAAAUCGAAUUUUCGCUAAUUUUUCGCUGGAAAAGUGAUCAAAAACGCUCCGGACGUUGCGGGAAAGAUCAUGUGAAGCGCGGAUGGUUGAGUGUUCCGAUUGCGACCCGCAUUAACGGUACGAAUUGUGUGUGAAAAAUCGUGCACCACUGUCAAAAAAAUAUCGAAGAUGGUGUAGAAAGAGCUACAGACGAGAAAGCGAAAAAACAGUUAAUUUUGUUGUAAUAAUGGAUAGUAAAGAUCAGCUUGCCUCGGAACAGUUGAUACUGCUGUCAUCAGAUGAUGAAAACGAUGACGACGUGGUGAUCGACUAUCUGAGUUCCAGCAACAAUCCACUAAUACCGCAACCGGUGACGCCGGGUCUUCUGAAAUGCAAUGAUUCUGCGUCGACGAAGGACGUGUCGCUAGGCAGCCAACAUCAGCACAGUCUCAACAACGUACACAACUACAACAACAGCAUCAUAGACAAGUGCAAUAACAAAAGUAAGCUGAGCGAUAUCGUCAUCGACACGGCGUCCAUCAACAACAGUGACUGUGGCCAGCAACAGCAGCCUGUCGGGGCCAACAGCAGUGCCGGCCACCAGAACAACCACCAUCAUAACCACCACCACACCAACAUGGUGCCAAUUAUCAGUGUUACUCCGCACAGUCCCGGUGCCAAGUAUAACUUUCUCGAGGACACACUCAAUCACCUGCAAUGUAUUCGAGAAAGUGUGGUUCAAAUGAAAAAUUCCACCAUCCAAAAUACCAAUUUUGGCGGUGUGGGAUUCAUUGGAGCAUCGCAACUAUCGUCCUCAAAGUUGUUCUCGUCAUGCCCUUCCCUGCCGGAUCUGUCGAUCGCGAAUCCCGGCAACAUUUGGCCUCACCAGCAGAUGUACGGUUUGAAUACCGACCGGAGAAAGUCGUGGACGGCAAUCGAAGACCUGACCGAGUGUACCAAGUCGUCCCAUAAGAGCGUCAGCCUCUCGAGCCUGGAUAGCGAAGAGCAGGAAUCGUUGCGAGCCGCCGAAAGACUGCACAAUCGAACUAGUCGGAACAGUACCGGUGGAAUAUCGACGCACUCCCUCAACGAGGCUGAAUUAGCGCGUGAUUUCGAGAAAAUAGUUGCCAAACGGAACCUAGCCCCGGCGGUCUGUCGAAUUCCGCUGCAGAAAAGCAUCUCGACGCCAUCGAUAGCCCCGGUUCGCAACCAGAGUGCCAAGGAGGACACAGCUACUCCUACAAGGCAUCUUUCCGACAGUGAAGAUGAAACCCAAGACGAUCGAUCUCUGCUCUGUGUGAGAGACAAAAACGAGGGCUACACCGAUCUACCGGAGAAACGCAGGAAACGAGGUUCGCUGUUUUUUCGCAAGAAAAAGGACAAAGCCAAAACCAAGGGACAAAACUCCACCUGCGAUGCUUGCGGGGCAGUUAUCAACUUGGCCACCUACAAGGAGCACGCCGUGGAAUGUAAGGCAAAAAUUGCAAAGAAAUAUUUUCAAGUGCAGCCCAAAUCCGGUUCCAACAAGAAGAACUCAACCAACAGUGAAAAAAGCGGCAAGAAAAUGACUGGAUGCUACUCUCCGUGGAGAUUGGUCGCUAACAAGUUAGGCGUGGUUUCCACUCACGCUAGCCACAGUUCCUCGCAUCAUGAUGAUCAAGGUAGAGACUAUUACGAUGGCACCAUACAAAAUGACAACUCAAAUUACUCGGAUGACACACCUUUGAUACGGGACGAGUUUCUCCAUGAGGCACCGAUCGGUCCGCAUGAUCUCGGCGCUGAGCCCAUCCUCGGCGUGGCCAUCGAUGAACCCGACUCGUGGAGUCCCAGUGUACCGAAAGAGAUAGUCAAAUCGCUUAAGGAUAAACAGCAGGUCAAACGACAGGAACAUAUCUACGAGUUCAUAAUGACCGAAAAGCAUCACUGCGAAACCCUACUAGUCAUGCAGAAGGUGUUCGUCGAGAGUCUCCAGAAGCACUUUAGUCAUCUGAAUCUGGAGCGAAUGUUCCCGCGGUUACUGGAUCUCACGGAACUGCACACGGGCUUCCUGAAGAAGCUACGGUUGAAGCAACGGGAACGGCCGGUUGUGGACAGCAUUGCCGACAUUUUGCUGGAAUUCUUCUCGGCUAUGUCGGCGCAGAAACUUAAAUCUUCGUACGGUGAGUUCUGUUCGAACCAUCGGUCGGCUUUAAGCACGUUCAAGUGCUACAUGACCGGUGACAACACGUUCGCCGAGUGGUACAAACACUGUCAGCAAAAUCCGCUGCUAAAAAAGAAGGGAAUUCCGGAGUGUAUUCUGUUUGUGACGCAACGGCUUACCAAGUAUCCGCUGUUGAUCGAUCCGCUGCUGAAAAGCUCCCGGGAGGAUAAAAUCGAACAGGAAAAACUACAGAAAGCAAUGCAACUGGUCAAGGAAAUACUGGUGGACGUGGAUGCCCGAGUGGCCGACAAGGAGAAGGAAGACCGUCAAUUAGAAAUAUUCAAACGAAUCGAUGCCAAGUCGUAUGCGAUUUUUAAGAAGGAUAAGUUCAAAAAGUCGGAUAUUAUUUCUAGCAACAGGAAGCUCAAAUUCGAAGGCGUGGCAACGCUAAUGCAAGGUAGAUCAAAAAUGCAAACGGUUUUGGUUGUGGUCCUGUCGGAUUGCUUAUUUUUCCUACUGGAAAACUCCCACAAAUACUCGUUCUUCACACCGGAAAAUAAGGCCGGUGUGGUUUCGCUGCAAAAAUUGCUAAUACGGGAGAAAGCCGGUACGGAGUCCAGGGGUAUCUACAUUAUCUCCUCGAAUCCAGCGUAUCCGGAGAUGUUCGAGCUUAAAGUGCAAAGUCCCAAGGACAAAAAUGUGUGGAUUCAAUCAAUCAGAGCUGCCGUUAUCGACUGUCCCUCGGACGAAUCCGAAGCUGAGGACUACAUGACUGCUGAACAACGCCAAAAACUACUAGAUGCUAAGCAAGCCAACAUUCGUGAGAUUAUCUCGAUGGGAACCACUGAACUGGAAGGCAAAAUGAGGCAAAAAGACUUCGAACAAGCGAUUCUACUCGAGGAGAAGAUCGCAUUGCAGUUGAGCCUUCUGCUGGACAACGAACACAACACGGAACAGUUCGGUCCAACGGUUGAGGCGUUCAUCUCCAACUACGGCUCCUACCGGGAUUUGAUCUCGGAUGACUGUGAUACGAUAGAAAUCUGGAAGCGAGUGCUGACUACAAUCCAGGAGACAAGCAAUCUGGCAGCUUCGCUGUAUACCGCCGCCACCGGAUUGCCCCUGUCGCGGUCCUGUAGUUCGGUUGGUGAACGACAGAGUGAGGUGUACAUUUCGCCGACCUUACCGAAGCGAGCAGAAACGUUCGGUGGAUUCGACGAACGGCGUUCCAAACAGCAACAGGCUAUCAUAAGCUCUUCGAGAGAUGCCGUUCUGUCUACGCUAUCUGCUGGAUAUUUUACCAAUAGAGAAAGUUAUGAAAAGCGUGAAUCAAACGCGUCGGAAGCCGAAGGCGGACCGUUUUCUCCGGGUCUGCAGCAACAUGCCCCGAUCAAGUUAACUCCAGAAAUAUUGAGCACCGAGCAAGCAAAAGAUAGCAAUUAUGCUGCCCUUCACGUAUCGCAUCAUUUACAUACGCUUCUCUGCAUAAUUUCUCAGCAGAUGACCACCAUCCAGAGUCUUCAACAUCAGCUCAAUACAUUCCGUGAAAAUCCCAAAAAUAUGUACCGUCACAAUGAUCAGCUGGAAGAACUGCGAAAUCUCCAGGACAAACUACAGGAAGAGAAAACCGCUUGGCAGAAACAAAAGGAAACCGAAGAACGAGAGCUAGAUGAGCAACGUCUAUCGCAAAAGACGCUGCAGGAUCAAAUUCGGGCCGAGCAAGAAGAUAUUAAACAACAACGCGAGCAGCUAUAUCGCAAAAUGGAAAUUCUUUCCAACCAGGGAUUAUUGCUUUCGCCUAGCGUUGCACUACCAGUCUCAGCUGGUGUGAUGGCUGCUCAGCAUGAAGAACAGCCUGGCAAUUGCGAAGAAUAUCACUUGGACGGUGGUAUGGGAUCGGUAAACUCUUCAGGUGGCCCAGUAAACACCACCAUCGACCGGAGGAAGGAUAAAUGGAGAACUGCAAGCAUUAAUAAAGCUCCUCCAGUUAAUCUGGUCAGCGCUACCAAUGCGCAAAAAAUUAACGUUUCUAGUAUCAAACAGCAGCUGCCUCUAAAACUGUCAUCACUGUCAAGCACGAAAACCAGUUCCAACAACAAUUCGGUUACAUCUCCCGGUGGAAGUAGUUCAAGUCUCAUGAGCAGUGGUAGUGCCGGUGUUACACAGAUGUUCCCACUCAAACUAGCUGAUAAAAAGAUUAAUGCGAAUAUGCCAAAUCACUCACGAACGGGUAGUAGUCCUGCCGUGAUCCAGCAGCAGAUGCCGGUGCAGCCGGGAAACCCGGCAACAAGGACAAAUACCUACCCAAAAAUACCGGAACGGUAUCGCCUGCGUAGCUCCGACACGUACCAGUCCCCUCAGCAUUAUUCGAAUGUGCAGUCCCAUCCGCACCCGCUGGCAUCUCCAACGCCGUCACACUCGUCCUCGCUUCGUUCCACUGCAAUUCACGAACAGCACCACCAGCAGCAGCAAUAUCAACAGCAUCAUUUUCAUCCUCAGCAUCACUCGAUGCACAGUACACCACUAUCGUCGCGCCAUUCCAGUCUUCAAUCACCGCCACCGGCUGGUUCACCUUCAUCCUCGUCCGAUGCCGGAAGCAAUAACAAUAAUAGUAGCCCCGGUAGUAACAAAAAAGAUUCUAGCAAGGGCGGCAAGGAGGAGGAGGUGAUUUAUUUUUGAUACAUGCCAGUUGAGGUUGAAAUCUAAUCACCUAGACGUGCUGGACUGGAUUCUACUGUGUGUGCUGGUUAUCUCUCUGGUACUGUAUUUCACGAUCCUUAGCUUUCGACUGAUUUUUUCUACAAUGUGAUCUCCGUUUGACAUGUUUAGUUCGGUAGGAAGGUUUCCGUGGAUAGGAUAUCGAUGUUAUAGCUGUUCUAACCCCUCUAAUCGUACUUGACUGAAUACUUCCAGUCAGUAAAUUUCUAAGUGUUUUUGUUUUAUUUUUUAUCGAAACCUAUCUGCAAGCGAAUGUUCUAUUCUGCCGAGAUGCUCAAAGUGCUGUGCAAUUUCAUCCUCUAGUAACGACUACACUGUUAAAUCCUAAUUUAUUUUCUUAUCAAAUUGUAACCGACUUAAAGUACGUUUAUAGUUUUGCAAAUAUACAUAAACCAAUCAGAUUACGGUGGUAGGCACGGUUCAAUCCGGAAGCUAGGUUAUGUUCGGCAAAUUAGUUCAAAUAGCAUGUGAUGAUUAGAAAACGGAAAAUGAACAACCCAUUUUCAAGUACCUUCUACUCUAGGAAAUAUAUCUUCCACAACGCACAAUAAUGGCAAGAGUUUCCCAAUAUCUAUAGAAAACGAUGCAUUCCUGGUUUGUGACUCAUUUCCCAACUUCGAGAACCGGUAGCGCGUGCUCUCAGCUGUAAACGAGCGAAACUCAAGACUCGAAUAGAAUACAUCAAUCUGUGUGUAUAUGUACAUAGAGGUAGUGUUAUGUCUAGUUCUUUAAAAAACUAGCAAUUGUAAGAGAUUUAACAGCAUAGAGAUGUUAAGUUCAGUUCCAUUUCUCUCAACCUAUUCUCUCAUGUGAUCGAAUUGUUGGUUUCUAUUACUUGAACACAACAUUGAUAAACAUUAAGAAAAGAGUAAUGAUGCAUUUAUAGGGCGUUAGUUUUCGUCGAUUAAGCUGAAGCAUUAUACCUAUUUACUACUAUUACUAAUUACUCGACAAAUUUAACGAGACUGGUAUUUAAGAAGGUGUUACAUAAACAUUUAGAGAGCGUAUCUCUAUAAGAUCAAGAUACAAGUAGCCGGGGACGGAUUGUUUCCGAAAUGUAUUAUUUUUCCUCUUCACUUGAUUUGUCGUACAUCUGGCUUUGUAUAUAUUUGAAGAACUCAAACUCAGACAAGUAGUCAUUCGGAUUUAAUCGAACCAGUCAAACAUGCUUGCGGAUGCGUUGGGAAUGGUUUGGUUAUCAGAUAGGUUGCCGCCUCCUGGACGGGUAGAAGAGGUAGAUAUGUGAUCACUAAUUCUAAUGUUGACUACACACUUACUGGCAUUAUUAGGUGAUUAGGUACAAUUCGUCCCUGUUAACGAACAGUACAUUACAACACAAUAAACAAGACUACCUUUGGUUGUUACUUAUCGUUAGCGUUAGUGUGUAACGUCAAAUGAAACAAAAAAAAGAUUGCUUAUCACUGCAGAAUGAAUAUGUAAACAUUUCGACAAUAUAACACAUAAUAAAAAAAUGCAUACCCAUACCGUAGCGAAGCAGCUCAAUUCAGCAAAAAACAAAGAGAGAAACAUCGGGUAACUGUAGAUUUGUGUAACAUUACGUUUGUGUUGUAACCAAAACAAAGCUCAAAACAAUCAAACUUUUAGACACGUGUUAGCCAAAAUUUUCCAACUUUAACUCUUGUCGGGAACGAAAAACGCCUGCGGCGUGCGUGCAUGUGUGAGUUGAGUGAGAGUGAGAGAGAGAGACAAAGUAUGGGCAUUAUUCAUAUAGCAGCUUUAAGCAAGAUGUUUUAGCUUCCGAACACGAAUUGUUCCAGCUUCCAGUUAUUUCUGAUUCGAAUUCAGUGUCAAAUUCAAAAACCUUCGUAGGAUGAUGAAAGUAUUAUUAAUUUUAAAAACGUUAUUACAGAGGGAAGUGAAUACCACAGUAAAACAAAAAGCUUAUUUCAGAAACAACUUCUUGACAAUACGAACAUUCUAUGAACACAUACGAUACAAAUCAUCGCAGUAAAAAGCUAUGACAUAGAUAUAUACUUACAACUGUACGAAAAUACUGAAUAGAAAAACCGACAGAGUAACUUUGAAGCUUAUACCAGUCUGUACGCUGUUUGAACAUAAAUUGGCAUAGUUAUAAACGAAACCUCUCUCUCAAGACACACUAAUAUGGAAAUGAAGCUUAAUUGUAUGUAUGUAUAGAGCAGAGCUAUCAAUGAUUAAGAAGAAUUACUAAUUAUCUGUAACUGAAUCAUUCAACGGAAGGUUUGUAAAUAGCAUUAAGCAAGAGACUAUUGUACGUUUCAGAGAGGAAAUAUUUUACACAGAUGCAAGAAUAGGGAAACAGUUUAUCUAUACAAACAAAUCAACACACACAGACACAUUCGAAUCGCCGAAUUAAAGAAAGCAACUCAACUCAACUACAUCUGCUCAACUUCUCUAGCAUAUAUUAUAUAUUUAUUCGAUAGAGAAGAGAAAACCAUGCUUGGAAGUAUGUGUUAAUAUGGGAAGCUAACAAAUAGUGCUAAACUACAACACAAGAAACAUUUGCAUACUUUCAAAUGCAUAUACCUAUGUUCAAAGUGCCGGUUUUUAAUGAUAUAAAUUACAUCAUUUCAGUUAUUGGAAUUCAGUCUACUUUGUAAAAUGUCAAAUACCGUUAGCUUAACAGUUACUCGUCAUGGAAUGUUUGUAGUGAUUGUAGAACUCCUAUACAGAAUAUUCUUUCCGUUUUCAAAUUCAAUCUUAUUUACCUGCUUAUUCGGUGUAAGAUUGAUAAAAUCGAGCUGAACAAUAACAAAUGAAGAACUGAGUUUCCAGCUCUUUACCCCUAACAGUCCCAGAUAAGAGUACAAACUCACUUUUUUUUUCGGCUACCAAAGUUACCGCAACUUUAACGAAUGAUUUGGCAAGCAAUUUGAAUGAUUUGCAAUCUGUCAACGGUCAAGAUGAGAAAAACAAAACCCGUUUUUAUUAACGAAAGAAACAAUCAAAUAUAGAGACUGUCUGUAAGCUAAUUAUUUACUAUUAUUGAUAGUUUUAUACUUAACGAAUUACUUAACCCUUCUCGGACCUAACUGACCAGAUACCGAUUUUACCGUAGUAUACAGAACCGACUAUUUUUAACAGAGCUAAAACUUUCCCCUCCUGGUAUAUGCCGCCGCCGUACGUCGUCAGAACUUUUGACUAUUGUCAAUCGUGAUCCGGUAGCGUAUGUAUGUUUUGUCCUACAUUCCUCCUGAGUUACACACACGGCCAAGUGAAGCGAAUUUAUUUUUACCAUCGCAGAACGGCUCCAUUUCUCCAAGUAGUACGUUCUAGUAUACUUACCACCCAACAAUGAAGAAGACUUUAACAAACUUUGGUCUCAAACAAAUCGAAAGUAUUAAGGCAAAGAUGUAAAGAAACCAACUAUAAUAAUGCGUUAACUGAACAGCAACAGAAAGUGAAAUCAACUCUAUAACAAAACAAACAAACAAAAACCGAAACAAAUAUAAUGUUAUUCAAAUGUUAUAUCAAUCACUGUUGAAAUGUUAGAAUAAAUCCACAAAUGAA